AUGAAGUCCGCAGUAAUCGGAAUUCCCGAGGUCGCCGUCAGUUUUCUGGUGAUUCUUCUGUUUCCACUCCCCGGUUCCAGUCAAUUCCUGGACCCAGCCUGUGGAAUUCGAGCUCAACCGAAGAUAGCGACUCGCAUCAUCCAUGGCCAUAUAGCGAACAAUACGUCGAGCCCCUGGAUGGUUUUUCUGCACUCAACUACAAAUAUAUUUGUGUGCGGCGGAACUCUUAUCACACACAAAUUGGUUCUAACAGCGGCACAUUGCUUUAUUGCCAAUCAACAGUUAGUAGCUCGUCUGGGGGAGUAUGAAAGAACACGUAGUGAGGAAUGCGUUGGAUACUAUUGCAAUUACCGGGCUGAACAUCAUGUGGAUGCUGGCUUUAGGCAUCGUCUGUACGAUCCACAUACAAAUGCCAAUGAUAUUGCUAUCCUUCGACUGAUCAAGAGUGUGGUAUAUAGAGACAAUAUCAGGCCCAUUUGCAUAGUUUGGGAUACUAGGUGGAGGCAGUACAUCGACAACAUCGAUUUGCUAACCGGUACUGGCUGGGGCAAGACCGAGGUGGAGAGUGACAGUGAUGCCCUAAGGACCCUGGACAUUCGUCGUCAGCCACCCGAAGUGUGCUCACAAUUUAUCGGUCUAACCAUCACUAGAAAUCAAUUCUGUGCUGGAAACUGGGAUAGCAAUCUGUGCAACGGCGACUCCGGUGGACCUGUAGGAGCAAUGGUUACAUAUAAGAACACUCAACGCUUUAUUCAGAUCGGCAUAGCUAGCUAUACGAACAGAAAUUGUCAGAAAGCCAGUGUUUUCACGGAUGUCCUAAGCCACAUCGACUUCAUUCUGCGGGUGUGGAGGCAGUACGGCAACGGUCAAAGAUUGCAGAUCCGUAGGACAAUAACAACGACGACGACCCAAGCACCGUUUUGGCGGCAGACCACUGCGAUUUCAAGAGAGUCUUCCGAGGAUUAUGAUUCUCAAAAUGGUUACGAAUCGCAUAGGGAUUGGAGUGGGAAUAUUGAGUGGACUCCUGGGGGAUACUUUCAUUUUGCGAUCUGGUAAACAGAGCUUCUUGCGAGUUAUUUUUUUAAUAAAACUGUAUACAUAUUCUCUUGUAAAAUCCAUGUCAAUAACUUUGUCCAUUACAAAGGAAAAAAAACUUGGAAA